UCCCUUUCUCUCUUCCUUUUCUCUCUCCUCCCUCUACUAUAUGAGGAGCAGCAUUGACGGUCUCUUCUGCGCAUACAAUCUUCUGUAUUUCUUUCUCUUUUUUGAAUUUUCUCUGACCUUUUUGAUUGUUAUUAUUGUAAUUAUUAUCACUGUAGUUAUUUCUGCAAUGGCCUCUGGUUCGAGCUGGACACCAAAGCAAAACAAGUUGUUUGAGAAUGCUUUGGCUAUCUAUGACAAGGAUACUCCAGACCGCUGGCACAAUCUAGCCAAGGCAGUUGGAGGGAAAACUGUGGAGGAAGUGAAGAUGCAUUAUGAGAAUCUUGUCGAAGACAUCAAGCAGAUUGAGGCAGGCCAUGUGCCCUUACCCCCUUAUAAGAAAGCAGGAGGGAACAAAGGAUGCAAUUUCAUGGAUGAAGAACAAAGGAUGAGGAAUCUCAGGCUUCAGUGAAGCAUGAACCAGAAUCCGCCGGUGGAAACAACCAUUAAUAAAGCAAAUGCAGCCCCGCGCAACAAGAAGCAGAUAUAUUAUUGCUCUUGUUUCUCUUUCAUUUCCUGAUCGUAGUUGUACCUUCCUGUACUUGUUUUAUAUAUGUGCUUCGUUAUAUGUACCAAGUAUGACUCAUAACUGAUCAUAGCAUUGGUACAUGACUCAAAGUUCUAUGUAAUGCUCCUGUUUUUAAUGAUAUAUUA